GUUUUUGCAAAGAUGGCGGUGGUUGAGUGAAUUGGACGAAACAGCCCUUUUAGUUUGAAAAUUAGAUUUAUUCUAAGGUAUUUCAGUUUAUUUUCCAACAAUCUGAUUUGAAUAGUUUUUUUUCUUAAAUUCCUUAACAAAUAGAUUCUUAUUAAACGAAGAACUAGAAUGGUAAUAUGACACAGAGCAAAAAGAAGAAACGGGCGAAUCGCAGUCUCCUGCUGGCGAAAAAAAUUAUUAUCAAGGAUGGAGGAACGGUGAGUUUCCACCAAAAUGACAGUAUUUGCCAUCGUAUUUCUUGAGAUUAACUAGCAGCAUGUGGUAUGUCUGUCUACAAUAUGUCACAUUUAGCGAGCUAGCUUGCUAGCUCGUUCUGCUUGCUAGCGUCCUGGGGAAGUUCCGAUGCCUCUUCACAGUCCUCUCAAAAACAACAUAGCUAGCUAACGCUAGCUAGCUGGCUAUCACCAUAUGUGUGGCACUAGCUAGCUAAGUUGGCUAACAUAUCAGUAUAUUUGACAGUAAUUUAGCUAGAUGCCAUCUGAGAUGGACAAGUAUUAGCUAGCUAGUGAAGUAACUUUAAACAUUAUUGUUAAAAAGGUGGCUAGGCUAAUAGAGUUCCAUAACUAUAGGCAAGCUUUCUAGCUAGUCGUUUGUUUAGUUGGGUAACGUUACACUUACUCAGCAAUAUGGUAACUAGCUAUAUUCCUACUUACAGAAAUCAACAACAACUAAAGUCAAAUUUCCGAAGACUGCAACACCACUACUGGCUCUUCCAGUGUGGACAUGUAGUAGAGUCAAUAGUGUCAGAUAUGAAUUAUGUGUAAGCAGGAAGAUGCCCCACUGUGUAUUAUGGUGUCCUAUUGCUGAGUUUACCUUUAAUAUAUCUUAUUUGAAAGUAAGACAGUUGAGUAUUACUUGUUUCUUGUUGACAUACUUGCAUAGUUAUUCCACUCUGUUCACCAGGCACAAGGUUUCGGAGCUCCCAGCGUGUACCAUGCUGUAAUUGUCAUAUUUUUAGAAUUUUUUGCCUGGGGCCUGCUUACAGCACCCACUUUGGUGGUAGGUUGUCUUGUUUAUUACCUAUUUUUUCAUACAGUAUGAUUUGUUGGCUGCUGAUGAAACUAUGUUGAAGACCUUCUCCAAUUAACAGUCCAAUUAACCACUAUCUGUCCCCUUCCUAUCCAGGUCCUACAUGAGACGUUCCCGAAGCAUACGUUUCUAAUGAAUGGCUUGAUCCAGGGGGUAAAGGUAUGGUGUUUGAACAUGUGCUAUUAUUUUGAACAGCACACCUAGUUACCUUUCAAUUCUGUUACCAUUUUUGGGUGUGUCUUAUUGUAUUACAGGGCCUGCUGUCUUUCCUGAGUGCUCCGCUGAUUGGUGCCCUUUCUGAUGUGUGGGGUCGGAAGUCUUUUCUCCUGCUCACCGUUUUCUUCACCUGCGCUCCCAUUCCACUGAUGAAGAUAAGCCCCUGGUACGAUGGCUCCCAACCUGAGAUAGUUCAUAGUUACUGAGAUCACCAUUCAAAGCUGAAUCAAGUGUAUUAUUAACUGAGUGCCAUAUCCUGCCUCGGUUUCAGGUGGUACUUUGCAGUUAUCUCAGUGUCCGGUGUGUUCGCUGUUACAUUCUCCGUGGUCUUUGCCUAUGUGGCUGACAUCACGCAGGAGCAUGAGCGCAGCAUGGCCUAUGGACUGGUGUGUAUUAAACAUUACCUACACAGUUUCUUCUAAUCUUGUUUACCACAGCACCAUUUUUGAUUCAGUUAUUUGCGGUUCAGUGCUAAAAUAGUACAUAAUUCAGAACCUAUUUGCAGAUUUCUCCCACUUAACAAAGGAUAAAUAUAUAAUAAAUAAAUAAAAUUAUGCGCAAAAAACAAAGUGAAACUACAAUUUAAUUCAAAGAGUGGUAGUAGCAAAGCUUGGCCGUAGCAAACCUCCUCUACUCUUGUCCGUUAGGUGUCGGCCACCUUUGCUGCUAGCCUGGUGACGAGCCCGGCCAUUGGAGCCUACUUGGGCCGUGUGUAUGGGGACGGCCUGGUGGUGGUGCUGGCCUCGGCCAUCGCUAUGCUGGACAUCUGCUUCAUCCUGGUGGCCGUGCCUGAGUCUCUGCCUGAGAAGAUGAGGCCAGCGUCCUGGGGGGCUCCCAUCUCCUGGGAACAAGCCGAUCCCUUUGCUGUGAGUACCAGGUCCACAUCUAAAGGCUGUCAGUUUGUGUUAUUAUUUUGUGUACCAAUUUAUUAGUGUGCUUUCAGACCUCGAAAUUAUUUGGAUUAGGCAGAUGAGAUGCAGUUACCUUCUCUUGAGAGUGUAGGGUUAGCUUAGUGUAGGCUAAGCUUUAUGCAAAUGACAUUAGAAUUCAAGAAGUGAAGGGUUAGUCUACCAAUAUACAAAUAUAUUGCCUUGUUAGGGAAACAUUCUCAAACCUCUUGAAAAUGUGUGCUUCAAUUUGGCACUAUGAUCAGUGGUAGCAGCUAGAAUUGUGAUGGUUUGGUGGGUCUCAAAGAGACCGAGGCGGAAUAUGUACAUUUAAUUUCUGUUGCAUCAUAGUCCUCCUGAUGGGGAUCAUUUGGAAAUCAAAAAGGAUAUGGGGGUAAUGUGUGUGUGUGUGUUUUCAAAUGCUGGAAGGGACAAUGAUAUCAACGUAAUUGGUGGCAGGGGUGGAGGCAGGUAUUGUUUAUGUUAAAAAGAGGGCUUAGCAAUAGAAUGUGGUGAGAAUGGCUGUGCUGCAAGACCUCGCCCCCCUGACUGACGCCCAUGGUUUCCCUUUGGGAAGCAUUAUAGCAUCUGUUUGUGUGUUGACACUUUCAACUAGCUACUCAUGUUACAAAUGGUCCUCUUCAGUCUUACCAUUUCCCUACAAUAGCUCUAUCACUUAGGCUACUGUUUUCAUUAGAUUUCAUAAAAGAACAAGACCAACUGAGAUGUCGUAUUCAUUUUGGAAGAGAAACUGACAAGUUCUAAUGUGGUUAGUUGUAAAUGUAACGAUUCAUGUAUUUGGACCAACUUGUUUGGUACAGGCCAUGUUAGUGUACCUCGGCUUUAAUUUAUGAGCAAUGUUUUCAUAAUUCCUCUAUAGUAGGCUUUCAGCGAGUGGUGGUGGCUCUAAUUGCGCAUUGAAACCAACAGUGCCCAAAACAUGUUAACAGUGCAAGAAUAGUACACAAAAAUAAUAUGGGAUUUACCCAGCAUAAGGAACAAACAUUCAUGAAGCAUUUAGAGCAGGUUGUGGUUUUCGUCAGGCAAAUCUGAACUUCCCCUAAGGUGGGUUGUUUGAAGGGGCCAUGGUGGUGUUUGUAAAAGGGGGAGGGAGUUCAACAGGGCAUUACACAGAGGCCAAACAGGGGAACUAUUAACAUUUCAUAAUCCUCUAAAAUGCUUAAGGGCUGUGCAACUGAACAGUUAAAGCUACAUGACACAAUGUACAGCAGCUACUCAUCGCACAACGAAACAGGUCUUCCUCAGGCAAUGUUGAGGGGGAAGGCUGACGUGUCGCUGAAAUACAUCAUCACAUGAUAUAGCAAUGAUGAUGGCAGAGUACAUACAGUGCCUUGACUUUUUCCACAUUUUGUUCCGCCUGAAUUUAAAAUGGAUUAAAUUGAGAUUUCUUGGUCACUGGCCUACCUACACAUAAUGUCAAAGUGGAAUUAUGUUUUUCUAAUUUUUUGCAAAUUAAUAAAACCUUUAAAGAUGCAAUGUGCAGAAAUUGCGCCGCAAUUUCCUGGUUGCUAAAAUUCUAAUAGUUUGUCUAAUUUCAGUUUGUGACAAAACAAGCAGUCAUUGUGUAGAGAAUCAUUGUAGAUCUACCGCUUCUUAGACUUGCUUUCAAUGCGAAUGACAGAUCUAUAACACACAAGCCCCAAAAAUUACAUAUUGUAGCUUUUAAAGUUAAAAUGUCUUGAGUCAAUAAGUCUUCAACCCCUUUGUUAUGGCAAGCCUAAAUAGGUUAAGGAGUAAAAUCUUACUUAACAAGUCACGUGAUAAGUUACAUGGACUCACUCUGUGUGUAAUAAUAGUGUUUAACAUGAUUUUUGAAUGACUACCUCAUCUCUGUACCCCACACAUACAAUUAUCUGUAAGGUCCCUCAGUCGAGCAGUGAAUUUCAAAUACAGAUUCAACCACAAAGACCAGGGGGUGUUUCAAAUGCCUCGCAAAGAAGGGCACCUAUUGGUAGAUGGGUAAAAAUAAAAAAGCAGACAUUGAAUAUCCCUUUGAGCAUGGUGAAGUUAUUAGUUAAACUUUGGAUGGUGUAUCAAUACACACAGUCACUUCAAAGAUACAGGCGUCCUUCUAACUCAGUUGCUGGAGAGGAACGAAACCGCUCAGCGAUUUCACCAUGAGACCAAUGGUGACUUUACAACAGUUACAGAGUUUAAUGGCUGUAAUAGGAGAACUGAGGAUGGAUCAACAACAUUGUAGUUCCUAGACAAUACUAAGGUAAUUGACAGAGUGAAAAGCCUGUACAGAAUAAAAAAUAUUCCAAAACAUGCAUCCUGUUUGCAACAAUGCACUGAAGUAAUACUGGAAAAAAUGUGGCAAAGCAAUUGACUUUUUGUCCUGAAUAGAAAGUGUUAUGUUUGGGGGAAAAUACAACACAUUACUGAGUACUACUCUCCAUAUUUGCAAGCAUAGUGGUGGCUGCAUCAUGUUAUAGGUAUGCUUGUAAAUGUUAAGGACUGGGGAGUUUUUCAGGAUAAAAAAGAAAUGGAAUGGAGCUAAGCACAGGCAACAUCCUAGAGGAAAACCUGGUUCAGUCUGCUUUCCACCAGACACUGGGAGAUGAAUUCACCUUUCAGAAGCACAAUAACCUAAAACAGGCCAAAUCUACACUGGAGUUGCUUACCAAGAAGACAGUGAAUGUCCCUGAGUGGCCGAGUUACAGUUUUGACUUAAAUCUGCUUGAAAAUCUAUGGCAAGACCUUAAAAUGGUUGUCUAGCAAUGAUUAACAACCAAUUUGACAGAGUCUGAUGAAUUUUGAAAAUAAUAAUGGGCAAAUGUUGCACAAUCCAGGUGUGGAAAGCUCUUCGAGACUUACCCAGAAAGACUCAGCUGUAAUCGCUGCCAAAGGUACUUCAACAAAGUAUUGACUCAGGGGUGUAAAUACUUAUGUAAAUAAGAUAUUUCUGUAUUUAAUUUUCAAUACAUUUGCUACAAAUUCGAAAAUGUUUUUACUUUGUCAUUGUGGGGUAUUGCAUCAAUUUAAUCAAUUUUGAAUUCAGUCUGUAACACAGCAAAAUGUGGACUAAGUCAAAGGGUAUGAAUACUUUCUGAAUGUCAUAGAGACAAAUGCGAAGAUAAUAUCAAGAUUGUGUUAAUAAAUGUAAGUGUGUUAUGAUGAUCGAUCCAGGGAAAUAAGCAUGGUAGCACAUGGCCAGCAUCUUCACACAUGAUUGACCUACAAAAAUUAGGCUAAAGGAAUAUUUAUUGAGUCAGAGUGAAAUCUCUAUCUUUUUUGCUCUUAACACAAUCAUCACGAGUGACACUGUACAACGCUGAAGGCCCUAGUCACUGAUAUUGUAGCAUAACAAUACAGUAUGGGGUGUUUGUAGGUCAGGGGUUCCCAACCUUUUUUCUCCAGGGCCACCUUUUUCACAUAAUUGUUAUUUAUUUAUUAUUGUUUAUUGACACCAGCUUGACAUUGUUUAAUUUGAGAGACCUAGGAAAAUUUUUGUUUUGAAGCUAAUUUCCUGCAAUUCUACAUAGUUGAACAAGACUCAUGAGGUAGGCUAUUUAAUUAUGAUGAUAAUAAUGUAUAAGGAAAAUAUUAUUUUAUUAUGAUAAUUUAUAUGAACCCUCAAUUUAGUUAUACGUAUUCUUUUUUUCUUUUCGGAAAGUGAUUAGAUCAGUUGAUAGCGACAGUCACAUUGUAUAAGAUUACUUCCCAAGCUCCUUAGAAGGUCGUAGCUCAGCUUAUGAAUGUCAUUUUACUGCUUGUUUCUAUCCCAAAGUAUCACAAAUGUAUGUGUCGUUUUAGAUCGGUAUAAACAAUGGCGGAUUGUACAAAUAUAUUUUCCCCCCAUAUCAAGUUAGGUCCCGUGCACCCCCACGAAACGUUGGUGCCCCAUAUGGGGGUGUGCCCCCUAGGUUGGGAACCCCUGUUGUAGGUAGUUAUGUGUUGGUGUAAUUUUAGGUCUCCUGACUCUCCUAAGCAGACAACAGCUGUUUGUAGCUCUACUUCUCUAGUUUCGCUCUCUUGGGUUGUGACCCUGUUCUCAUAAUAGGCCUCCUUUCCGCCAUGAGGAGUAGCUGGGUGUUCUAGCACAACAUAUUGUCAACACUUAUUGUUAUCACCUACCGUCCUAACCCCUUUCUUUCUGUCUCCAGUCUCUAAGGAAAGUGGGCCAGGAUUCCACUGUGCUGCUCAUCUGUAUAACAGUGUUCCUGUCCUAUCUCCCCGAGGCUGGCCAGUACUCCAGCUUCUUCCUCUACUUACGACAGGUCUGUCUGCUAUGUAUACUGUCAAAUAUAUGGUCCAAAUAAACAGACGUGUGUGCGAUGCGUGUCAGAUCUCAGCCCCCCAUCCCCCUACCCUUUUGGUUGUUAUUGCCAUUAUCAUUAUUACUGAGGUCAAGUCCCCUUCAUAGUCAGAAUAUAAUUUGGUAGACUUGUCGAGGGGGGGUUUGACUAUGUAGAUCAUUCAAAGUAUACAACCAAGUUAUCACAUUUUGCUUGGACCCCGGCUCUUUGCUGCUCAUAGCUAGGCCUGUAUAUAGCUAAAUCAUUGCCUUUCCUUGAUGAUAGGCAUACUUACUUUGGUCUCGCUGGCAGUACAAUCACAUUUUCGCUCUCCCUUUUUUCAGAUUAUGGGAUUUUCGCCUGAAAGUGUUGCAGCUUUCAUAGCUGUUCUAGGACUGCUUUCAAUCGUUGCACAGGUUAGUUGUCAUUACAUUAAUAUUAUAUAUAUACAAAUAUAUUUUUUUCCAUAGUUUUGAUGUGUUCACUAUUAUUCUACAAUGUAGAAAAUAGUAAAAAUAAAGAAAAACCCUUGACACACCUACUCAUUCAAGGGUUUUUCUUUAUUUUUACCAUUUUCUACAUUGUAGAAUAAUAGUGAACACAUCAAAACUAUGAAAUAACACAUAUGGAAUCAUGUAGUAACCAAAAAAGUGUUAAACAAAUCAAAGUAUACACUACCCAUUUAAAGGUUUGGGGUCAUUUAGAAAUGUCCUUGUUUUCGAAAGAAAAGCAAUUUUAAGAAACAAAUAACUUUAUUCUGAAACUCAUCAGUCUAUUCUUAUUCUGAGAAAUAAAGGCUAUUCCAUGCGAGAAAUUUCCAAGAAACUGAAGAUCUCGUACAAUGCUGUGUACUACUCCCUUCACAGAACAGCGCAAACUGGCUCUAACCAGAAUAGAAAGUAGAGUGUCUAGUUGGAGAAACAGACGCCUCACAAGUCCUCAACUGGCAGCUUCAUUAAAUAGUACCCGCAAAACACCAGUCUCAACGUCAACAGUGAAGAGGCGACUCCGGGAUGCUGACCUAGGCAGAGUUGCAAAGAAAAAGUCCAGUGUCUGUGUUCUUUUGCCCAUCUUAAUCUUUUCUUUUUAUUGGCCAGUCUGAGAUAUGGGUUUUUCUUUGCAACUCUGCCUAGGUUACUACAUGAUUCCAUAUGUGUUAUUUCAUAGUUUUGAUGUCUUCACUAUUAUUCUACAGUGUAGAACAUAGUAAAAAUAAAGAAAAACCCUUGAAUGAGUUGGUGUGUCCAAACUGUUGACUGGUACUGUAUAUAAUAUACACAAAAGUAUGUGGACACCCCUUCAAAUGAGUGGAUUCGGCUAUUUCAGCCACACCCGUUGCUGACAGGUGUAUAGAAUCGAGCACACAGCCAUGCAAUCUCCAUAAACAAACAUUGGCAGUAGAAGGGCCUUACUGAAGAGCUCAGUGACUUUCAAAGUGGCACCGUCAUAGGAUGCCACCUUUCCAACAAGUCAGUUCGUCAAAAUUCUGCCAUGCUAGAACUGCCCAGUCAACUGUGCUGUUGUUGUGAAGUGGAAAUGUCUUGGAGCAACAACGGCUCAGCCGUGAAGUGGUAGGCCAUACAAGCUCACAGAACAGGACCACUGAGUGCUGAAGCACGUAGCGUGUAAACAUCGUCUUUCCCCGAUUGCAACACUCACUACAGAGUUCCAAACUGCCUCUGGAAGCAACGUCAGCACAAUAACUGUUCUUCGGGAGCUUCAUGAAAUGCAGUGGAAACGCGUUAUCUGGAGUGAUGAAUCACGCUUCACCAUCUGGCAGUCCGACAGACGAAUCUGGGUUUGGCGGAUGUCAGGAGAACGCUACCUGCCCCAAUGCAUAGUGACAACUGUAAACUUUGGUGGAGGAGGAAUAAUGGUCUGGGGCUGUUUUUCAUGGUUCAGGCUUGGCCCCUUAGUUCCAGUGAAGGGAAAUCUUAACGCUACAGCAUACAAUGACAUUCUAGACGAUUCUGUGCUUCCAACUUUGUGGCAACAGUUUGUGGAAGGCCCUUUCCUGUUUCAGCAUGACAAUGCCCCCAUGCACAAAGCGAGGUCCAUACAGAAAUGGUUUGUCGAGAUCGGUGUGGAAGAACUUGACUGGCCUGCACAGUGCCCUGACCUCAACCCCAUCGAACACCUUUGGGAUGAAUUGUAACACGGACUGCGAGCCAGGCCUAAUUGCCCAACAUCAGUGCCCGACCCCUUGUGGCUGAAUGGAAGCAAGUCCCCGCAGCAAUGUUUCAACAUCUAGUGGAAAGCCUUCCCAGAAGAGAGGAGGCUGUAAUAGCAUAUUAAUGACCAUGAUUUUGGAAUGAGAUGUUAGACGAGCAGGUGUCCACAUACAUUUGGUCAUGUAGUGUAUAUCUAUACACACACACAGUAUACUGUAUAUAGUUAUUCCAUUCUCUGCCAUGUUAUGACAACCUUUGGUUUGGGCAUAUAAUAACAACAUUCAUUAUGAACAUUCCAAUAAAGUGUUUCUAAUUAUAUUCUUUUUUUGUUCCUUUUGUCAGACUGUAGUAUUGAGUUUACUAAUGCGUUCCAUCGGGAAUAAGAACACUAUCUUGCUCGGCCUUGGGUUCCAGAUACUGCAGCUUGCCUGGUAUGGGUUUGGCUCCGAGCCAUGGUAAGCUUUUUCAAGGCGACGCAAAUCAUGAACACAUCUGAUGAUUCAGUUCCGUGAUAGAUACUCUUUAAAGUGACUCUGUUUUCUCUCAUCUCUCUACAGGAUGAUGUGGGCAGCAGGUGCUGUAGCAGCCAUGUCAAGCAUCACUUUCCCAGCAAUUAGUGCGUUGGUUUCCCGCACCGCUGAGCCAGACCAACAAGGUUUGUACUUAGUUAUAACUUUAUUUUGCACGUUCUUUGAUUCGUCUUUUGGCCGGGUCAUAAAUGCAAAUGAGAAAUUGUUCGUUUAAAGGGGUAGUUAAUCAAAAUGACAUAUUUAUAUAUUUUUUCCUUAUCUUGAAACCAGUUAAUGCUUAGCCAUAGACUGCUUUCAAGGUAAGGAAAUAAAUAUGUGCUUUUGCUGAACUAUCCCUUUAACUUAACUUGUGAAUUAAAGGUUGAAUAAAAUCCAAUUAAUACGAAAUACAUUUCUGCGGUCAUCCCACAGGGGUGGGCCAGGGGAUGGUGACAGGGAUCCGGGGUCUGUGUAAUGGCCUGGGGCCAGCGCUCUACGGCUUCAUCUUCUACAUUUUCCACGUGGAGCUGGAUGCGCCCCCAGACGGCAGCCAGGACACUCCGGUCCACACUCAACCCCACCUUCAGCACAUCCCACAGGUUAGCCCCCAACACCAACCUUUUCUCCUCCGCCUUACAGUUUUGAUAUUCAGCCUGAACCCGACGGGGCUUGAAUUUGGGUGGAGUUCAACAGCCAGCAUACCUCCUCAAAAGUGACCAAACAGUUCAACAAGGUUCUAUCCCUAUGUCUUAAAAGUUGCUAUCAUUAUUUAGGCACUAUGCAAACUUAAGAGGUUUGUGGCCACUAUUUAAUGUUAACUAGUUACCAAGUAUUUACAUGACUGUUUUUGAAUAUGCUUUGUACAAGUGUAACCCUAAAUUGUUAAACAUUUUCCUAAUUUAGUAAAAUGUUCUUGUGCCUUUUAUUCCCGCCUCCUCUCCUAAGACGUCCAUCAUUCCUGGCCCACCCUUUCUCUUCGGAGCAUGCUCAGUGCUGCUAGCACUCUUGGUGGCCCUCUUCAUACCAGAGCACCCCCACCUGGGCCCCCGGCCCGGCAGCUGGAAGAAGCACAGCUCGCCCCACGGGCACCCCCACAGCCCGCAGCCGCCCAGGGAGGCCAAAGAGCCCCUACUGCAGGACACAAACGUGUAACACAGACCUGGCUACUCGGGCCUGACUCCCCCCUCUUCAAAACCACACAGAGAGCUCAUGUAUAGGUAUAGUAAACAAUCGAAAAGCUAUAUUAAGAGUUACCACUAUAUAUGUAUACAUAGGAAUAUGUUUUUUAAAGAAAGUUCUAUCCAAAGGCACUAUUUGCAAUGGCUUAUAUUUAUUAAUUUUUGUUUUUCCUUGAACGUUUACUUUCUGUUUUUCUUCAACCGUUGUUUUGAUGAUAUUGGACAGGGGCAUAGCUCACUCAGGGACAUACCUGUUCGGCUGUUUCUGAACACAGUGUGUUCCACAAUCAGAAGAGGGAGUCUCUAAACAAUAAAACAACCUAGAAAGAAAAAGGAGCAUCAGACACUUGGUUAGUCCUCUAGAAUUGGGCCUUCAGCUUUACGGAACUGUGUGUGAGAAAAUGACACUGCGGUGCUGAAUCGGAAAUCCAGUUGAAAUUUCCCCAGAUCUCUGCAUAAAAAGCCUUAAUCCACAAACUAACCACGGAAUGUGAAGAUGCAAUGGACUUGGAAUGGUACAGCUGAAUUUUUAAAGCACCUUUGUUUUGACGCUUAUAUCAAACUGCUGCCUAUAUGAAUUCCUACUACCACUUCUUCAGACUGACUGGUGCCUCAAUUGGAGUGUGAUACUUUUUGGCGGG